AUGUCUCAGCCCACUAAACGAACUGCAGGCCCCACUAACACGGCAGCUAAGCGAAGAAAAGAAGAUGAUGAUAUCAAUAAGACUCGCUCGACAUUUGAGAUCGAGCUUGAGAAAUUAGGAACAGCAGGGGCAGAUAAAACCAAAUGGGCAAGAGCUCCAUUAGUUCAAGGCUUAGGAACAAAACAACCGAUCUCUCUGCAGGUGUUCGAUUUGGAAACCUAUUAUGAGCCGGGAACAACAACAGUUGACAAAACAAAUGUCAGGCUUUAUGGAAUCACAAGCGAGGGUAAUUCAGUUUGUGCUAUCAUCACUGACUACUUCCCUCACUUUUACUUCCAAGCCCCAGAAGGUUUCUCUGUUGAGCAUCUUGAUAAUGCUCAAAGGGUUUUAAAUGCGCUUGUUGCUAACUCAAUUCGCCGAGGAAAUACUAAUGCUAAAAUGACGAAUGAGGUGGCCGAAAACUUAGUUCAUUUGAAAAUGGUUCAGGGAGAGAGCGUCUAUUAUUAUCGAGGCUCGGAAAAAAAAUAUCCCUUUGUCAAAGUUUCUGGAACUACUAAUGCCCUUAGUAAACUGAAGGCUGAACUGCGCAAUACUAUGCCUAACUUGUCGGGAAGCAAAGCAGUCAAGAUUGAUACAUUGUACGAAGCAAACAUUGACGCUGAAGUCAAAUUUAUGGCUAAAACGGGAAUUGUAGGAUGUGGAUGGGUUGAAAUUCCUGCUGGGAAAGGGAAAAUACUGUCCAACAAAGAGCAUAUAUCUAGAUGCCAAAUGGAAGUAGAAGUUUCUGUAGAUGACAUCAUAGUACAUGAGCCCGAAGGGGUAUGGUCGAAUGUUGCUCCUAUCCGAACACUAUCUUUCGAUAUUGAGUGCAUGGGUCGCAGAGGAGUCUUUCCUGAAGCGAGUGAAGAUCCUGUCAUUCAAAUCGCGAACAUGGUCAAGAUUGAAGGACAAACUGAGCCAUUCAUCAGAAACUGCUUCGUUCUCGGAACAUGUGCCCCAGUUAUCGGUUCAAACAUAAUCCAAUGUGCAACAGAGAGAGAUUUGCUCGAGAAAUGGGCUGAGUUCGUUCGCGAAACUGAUCCGGAUAUUCUAACUGGAUAUAACAUUCUCAACUUCGAUCUCCCUUACAUUUUAGAUCGCGCAAAGGCUUUGAAAUUGCCGAAUGUUGCUUUGCUUGGUAGAUUGAAGGAUAAACCAUCCAGUGUUAGGGAUGCUGCGUUGUCAUCUAAGCAGAUGGGAAGCCGUGUAAACAAGAGUAUUGAUAUCCAUGGCAGAGUUAUCUUUGAUGUUUUACAAGUUGUUCUUAGAGAUUAUAAGUUGCGUAGUUAUACCUUAAACAGUGUUUCUUAUCACUUCUUGGCUGAGCAGAAAGAAGAUGUAGAGCAUAGUGUUAUCCCAGAUUUGCAGAAAGGAGAUGACCAAACUAGGAGACGAUUGGCCAUUUACUGUAUGAAAGAUGCUGCCUUACCUCUUCGUCUUUUGGAUAAGUUGAUGUCUAUAAUUAACUAUAUGGAGAUGGCAAGAGUAACUGGAGUUCCUCUGAAUUAUUUAUUAACAAGAGGACAGCAAAUCAAGAUUCUCUCCAUGAUGUUGCGACAAUGUAAAUCCUUGAACUUCUUCUUACCUGUUAUCGAAUCUGUAGGAAAUGAUGGAGAAGGAUAUGAGGGUGCAACAGUUAUUGAGCCUAUUAGAGGCUUUUAUAAUGAACCAAUCGCCACUUUGGAUUUUGCAUCUCUGUAUCCAUCCAUCAUGAUCGCUCAUAACUUGUGUUAUACUACCCUCAUUAGUAAGCCUGAGGGAGAACAAGGAAAAGAUUACAUCAAAACACCAGCCGGAAACUUCUUCGCAACCAAAGAGAAAAGAGAGGGAUUGCUACCCAGAAUUCUUCAAGAUCUAUUGGCAGCAAGAAAGAAAGCCAAGACUGACAUGAAACAUGAGAAAGAUGAGUUCAAGAAAAUGGUUUUGAACGGUAGACAGCUCGCUCUGAAGAUUUCUGCUAACUCUGUAUACGGAUUCACAGGAGCUACUGUCGGAAAGCUACCCUGCUUAGAGAUUUCUCAAUCUGUCACUGCUUUCGGUAGAGAAAUGAUCGACCUCACUAAGAACGAAGUUGAAAAAAGAUAUACGCAAGGAGCUCUAGACGGUAAAUGUCCAGUCAAUGCACAGGUUGUGUAUGGAGAUACUGAUUCUGUCAUGGUGAAGUUUGGAGUGAAGACUGUGAAGGAAGCUAUGGAGAUUGGUUUACAUGCUGCCACAGAAAUUUCCAAAUGUUUUGUGGCCCCCAUCAAGUUGGAGUUCGAAAAGGUUUAUUUCCCAUAUCUGCUAAUCAAUAAGAAACGAUAUGCUGGAUUAUACUUCACAAAGCCAGAUAAACAUGAUAAAAUGGAUUGUAAGGGAUUAGAGACAGUUCGAAGAGAUAACUGUCCCUUAGUAGCCAAGGUUCUGGGUACUUGUUUGGAAAUGCUCUUGAUCAACAGAGAUUCCGAAGCAGCUCUCGACUUUGCAAAGAAGACUAUCGCCGACCUUCUUUGUAACAAAAUCGAUAUUUCCCUAUUGAUUAUUAGUAAAGAACUUACCAAGUCAGGAGAUAAAUAUCAAGCAAAGCAAGCUCAUGUGGAAUUAGCUGCUCGUAUGCAUAAGAGAGAUCCUGGCUCUGCUCCACGUCUUGGUGAUCGUGUACCUUAUGUAAUUAUUGCUGCUGCUAAGAACGUACCAGCUUAUGAGAAAGCCGAAGACCCUACUUUCGUUCUCCAAAACAAUAUCCCAAUUGACACCAAACAUUAUCUAACUAAUCAACUCGCUAAACCUCUUGCUCGUAUCUUCGAUCCAAUCCUAGGAGACAGAGCAGAGAAGAUCUUGACUGAAGGAGAACAUACUCGUGUCAGAACCGUUGUUCAAAGUAAAGUUGGAGGUUUAGCCGCCUUCACCAAGAAAGCUUCAACAUGUUUAGGAUGCAAAAGUGUGCUCAAGGAUCAGAAGGCUGCUGUUUGUGAUCACUGUAAGCCUAAAGUAGGAGAAAUCUAUGCCAACAGAGUAUUCGCGAUGAAUGCUUUUGAGAAUCAGUUCGCACGCUUGUGGACUGAGUGCCAGAACUGUGCCAAGUCUCUGCACGAGAAAGUCAACUGCUCAUCUCGAGACUGUCCUAUCUACUACAUGAGAGAGAAGGUCAGAAACGAUUUGAAGGAAAGCUACGAAGUUCUCCAACGUUUUGGAGAACCAUCCUGGUAA